ACUCCCGCUUCAGCGAAAACCCCCAAAUUAUAUUCAUUCAUCAAAAUGUUGGCCAGAUCAUUUGCUAGACAAUCCGUCAGAUCCCUCUCUACCACAAGAGUGGUUUUAUCUUCUAAUGAAGGUGCCACUGCUGCUGGAAAAGAUGCCUUCUCUGACAGAGAAAGAGCCCAAGAAACCGCCUAUGUUAAGAAACAUGAAGCUGAACAAUUGAAGGCCUUGAAGGAACAAUUGGCUAAGCAAAAGGAAACCAUCGACCAGUUGGCACAAGAAAUCAAAUCUUUGAAGAAAUAAACGCAUAUGUAGCUAAUGUUAAUAUAUACAUGGAUUCAUAUUGGACAAUUUGUCCAAGUUGAUCGUAGAAGGUCCUUUUUCCAGGAGUUAAUUGUGUUGUCAUUAACACAUCAUAGAUAUUUUAAGUACUCGUAAAACCAUAUUUGACAUCAUCGAAACAUGAUUCCGUUACUGGUUUGUGUUCUAGAUGAUUUCAUGCACCUAUAAUCUUUUACUCCAGCUUUUAGACUCUCCUUUGUAUGAUCAAGAAUUU